AUGUCAUUUUUGCAAUUGACUUAUGCUGUGGUGGAGAAGAGCUCAGUGGAUGGAGGCUACAUGAUAAAAGCAUUAAAGCAGAAACAGUUUGUGGAUGGACUCCUCUAUCUUCUGAAGGAGAUAGACCGAUCAAAGCUGGAAGAACCACAUGAUGAGAUGAAAGACAGUGAAGCAGAGUGUGUGAACUGUAUGUCAGAUAUUCGUGACACUCUCAUACUUCCAUGUCGCCACUUGUGUUUAUGUAGUAACUGUGCCGAGUCCCUCCGAUACCAGGCUUCUAGUUGCCCCAUUUGUCAGUCACCAUUGAAAACUUUGGUACAGAUCCGUCCUAUGAGGAAAAAAACAACCACUGUCUGUACAAACAGAAAAAGCCUUAAUCAGGAGAGAGGACAAGACAAAGAGAACAUCAGAAAAACUCACGAACAACUGUGUAUGGAACUGAACUCACUUCAGCGUGAAUACAAGCAUGUCAGACAAGUUGUGUACACUCUACAACAGGACUAUGAAAGAUCUAAAGAUUUUGACCCUUUAAGGCGGUAUGGUUUACUUAAAGGCAUGAUAAAAAGAACAAUUCUCCAUUUUAAACUAAAUGAAGAUAAAGUACCUGGAUCUAUAUCGAUGACUGGAAUUCGAAGCCUUGCCAAUGGUUAUAAAGAAUUGUCCUAUACUUUAGAACUAACUAGGAGAAAGGCAGAUUUAGAUGACAUGUCAUUAGAACAGAUAGAAUCAGAAGUUGAACAAUUACGUCACCAGGUGAACGGAUUGAAGGGGCGGUGCUCUCUAGUAUCAGACACUGUCUCUCAGUUAGAAAACAAAUACGAACAAUCUAAAAACUUUGCUCCACCGAAACGGUACGAAUUGAUGAAGAAAAUGGUCCAAAAAGUCGUAAACGACCAAUUCAUAUGACAUGCUUCAUAUUGACAGCAGGACAAAAGAUUUC